AUGCCCAUCUUCACUUUUGCUCUGGGAACAUGGCAGGUGCAGCGCCUCAAGUGGAAAGUAGCCCUCAUAGAUGAGCUGGAAGAGAAACUGCAUUUGGAACCCAUGCUUCUUCCGAAGCAAAUAAAUGUUGCAGCCAUACCAGAUUUUACUUUCCGGAAAGUGUCAAUUAGAGGUCAUUGGGAUAACGAUCAUGCCAUGCUACUAGGACCUCGCGUUCGGGAUGGUACUAUUGGCUAUCAUCUGGUCGUGCCAUUCAUCCGGUCUGAGGGCUCCACUGUGUUGGUGGAUCGCGGAUUUGUCGCCAAGGCCCUAGCUGAGGACGCGAAGCACCUCAAGGAAGAUGGUGAAGUUGAAGUGAUGGGCUUACUCAGAACCUCCCACGUCCGCAAUUCAUUUACUCCAGACAACCAUCCGGAAAGGGGGGAAUGGUACUGGGCAGAUGUGGGGCAAAUGGCAGAGCAGGCUGGUGGAGUGAAGGCAGGCGUACAACCUGUAUUCGUUGAGGAAAUAUUCGAGGGCCAUGGAGGAGACGCUGCGUCACGCUUAGCGCAUGGUAUUCCCAUAGGCAGAGCUCCAAUAGUGGACGUACGAAACGCUCAUGCCUCGUACGUCGCGACUUGGUACUCGCUCUCCGCAUUUACCAGCUUCAUGUUCAUCCGCCUGCUGAUGAAAAGACGAGCACAGGCGCGUCUACCUCGCUGA